AGAAACUUUGUAACAAGUUUGGCCAGGUGUGCUGGGCACACGGCUCCCUCCGUCUUGCCUUUGAGUUUCCCUGCCAGUGAGGGCCGCUGUACCGUGUGAUGGACUUGGACCCAUAUGCAAGCAUGCAGGUCGGGAUGCGGGUGGUCCGUGGAAUUGACUGGAAAUGGGGCAACCAGGACAACGGCGAAGGGAACGUUGGGACCGUGGUUGAGAUUGGCCGGCAAGGCAGCCCAACGACACCGGAUAGGACUGUGGUGGUCCAGUGGGAUCAAGGGACCAGAACCAAUUAUCGGACUGGAUUCCAAGGAGCCUAUGACCUUCUUCUGUACGAUAAUGCACAAAUAGGUGUGCGCCAUCCCAACAUCAUCUGUGAUUGUUGCAAGAAGCACGGGAUCCGAGGCAUGCGGUGGAAGUGCAAGGUGUGCUUUGAUUACGACUUGUGCACGCAGUGUUACAUGAACAACAAGCACGACACCUUGCACGCCUUUGAGCGCUACGAGACUGCCCACUCGCGACCAGUCGCAGUGGGUCCACGACAGAACUUGCCUCGUAUCACGUUAAAAGGCACUUUCCAGGGGGCCAAAGUUGUCCGUGGCCCAGACUGGGAGUGGGGUAAUCAGGAUGGUGGUGAAGGUAAAACCGGGAGAGUGGUGGAUAUUCGUGGCUGGGACGUGGAGACUGGCCGCAGCGUGGCCAGCGUCACGUGGUCUGACGGCACCACAAACGUUUACAGAGUCGGGCACAAGGGAAAGGUGGACCUGAAAUGCAUUGUGGAAGCAUCUGGCGGCUUUUACUACAAAGAGCAUCUCCCGAGACUAGGAAAGCCUGCUGAGCUGCAGAGGAAAGCAAGCACAGAGAGGCACCCCUUCCAGCAUGGGGACAAAGUGAAAUGCCUGCUGGACAUUGACAUCUUACGAGAGAUGCAAGAGGGGCAUGGUGGCUGGAACCCUAAAAUGGCUGAGUUCAUUGGCCAGACCGGGACCGUGCACAGAAUCACGGACAGAGGGGAUGUCAGAGUCCAGUUCAACAGCGAAACCCGCUGGACUUUCCACCCAGGAGCUCUGACUAAGCUCAACACCUUUUGGGUUGAUGAUGUUGUCCGUGUGAUAGAUGAUAUGGAAACAGUGAAGCGAUUCCAAGCUGGUCAUGGGGAGUGGACAGAUGAAAUGGCACCUACGCUAGGGCACAUUGGCAAGGUGAUCAAGGUGUUUGGGGAUGGAGACUUGAGAGUGUCUGUCGGAGGGCAAUCCUGGACCUUUAACCCAGCUUGUCUCACGGCCUACCAGAGAGACGAGGAUGCAAACCUCAUGACAAUGGAGAACACCAAGGAAUCCAAAAGCACUUUGAUCUCCAUCCUAGAGAAGCUGCUGUGCCAGAAGAUGGAGUCGGAUCAUCCAGGGCGCUUGGUCAUUGAGGCAGCGCAUGACAAUGCUGUUAAAGUCCAGGACCUGGUUCAAAAGUACCCAGACAAGGUUGAUAUAAAGAAUCAGGGCAGAACCGCACUGCAAGUAGCUGCCCACCUGGGCCGGGUGGAGGUUGUGAAGAUCUUACUGCAGGCUAAUGCCAACAUCGACCUGAAGGAUGAAGAGGGGGACGCCGCUCUCCAUUAUGCAGCUUUCGGAAAUCAAGCUGAGGUUGUCCGUGUGCUUGUCAGUCACGGAGCCAAUGCAGACCUGUUGAACAAUGCCAAGUGCACAGCCUUGUAUGUCGCAGUCAACAAAGGAUUCACGGAGAUCGUGCGGAUCCUUUGUGAGCACAACUGUGAUGUCAACCUCCCGGAUUCGUUUGAUGACACCCCCCUGCACUAUGCCAUCACUGCUGAUUUGAAAAGCAUCAUCGAGAUCCUCACCGAGGUACCGAACAUCGAUUUCACGGUCCAGAAUCGCCAAGGCUUCAACCUGCUGCACCAUGCUGCACUGAAGGGCAACAAGCUAGCCAUAAAGAAGAUUCUGGCAAGAGCCCGGCAGUUGGUUGAUGCUAAAAAGGAAGAUGGCUUCACCGCCCUGCAUCUUGCUGCCCUCAAUAACCACAUGGAAGUAGCAGAAAUUUUAAUCAGAGAGGGUCGCUGUGAUGUCAACCUCAGGAACAGCCGGAACCAGACUCCCCUGCACCUGGCAGUCACCCAGGGGCACAUGGACUUGGUGCAGCUGCUGGUACGCGAAGGCAGCGAUGUCAACACAGAGGACGAGGAUGGAGACACGGCCAUGCACAUUGUCUUGGAACGGCAGCAGCUGAUGUCAAUCAUGGCGGAGGAACAGGAAGGGGGCGAGGGACUGUCCCUCUUUUCCAAGCUCCAGGCUUCAGGCUUCCUUGGAAAUGUAGAGCUGAAUGUUGGUGCUGCGAUUGCGUGUUUCCUAGCACAGGAAGGAGCAGAUAUUAAUUAUGCCAACCACAGGGGAAAGUCUCCCCUGGAUCUCAUUGCAGAUGGAAGGAUAGUCCAGAUCAUCAAGAACUUCUCCCAGAAAUUCAGGGAUGAGCAGAUUUCUUCAGACAGCUCUGUGGUGACCUGCAGCCUGCGCAGAGUGCACACCACCCCCAACACAAUGACCAACCUCAGCGUGGCCAGCAUGGCAGCCCCUUCCGAGUGCCUGGUCUGUUCUGAGCUGGCUUUGCUCAUUCACUUCAUCCCGUGUCAGCACAGCAUCGUGUGUGAAGAAUGCUCCAGGAGGAUGAAGAAGUGCAUCAAAUGUCAAGUGACAAUAACCAAAAAACUCAAACAAGACAGCACAGAGGUGGAAUGCAGCCCCAGCACCGAGCCCACGGACCAGAGGAAGCUGAUGGAGGAGCUGCAGAGCCGCUACCGCCAGAUGGAGGAGCGCAUCACCUGCCCUAUCUGCAUCGACAACCAAAUCAAACUGGUCUUCCAGUGCGGACAUGGCUCCUGCCUUGAGUGCAGCGAGGCCCUGACUGUAUGCCCCAUCUGCAGGCAGGCUAUCCGGGACAGGAUUCAGAUCUUCGUCUGAGGAUGUGCGCUCUCCCCUCCCCUUCGCUCCCCCUCCUACCUUCCUCCCUCCCUUUGUGUGUUCAUUUAGUUGAGACUCAUGACCCAUCCCCUGUGUUUGUCUGACUCUGAAGCC